CAUAAACCGCUGUAAUUUUCAUAGAAAAGAUGCUCACUGUAGCCAUGGAAACUCGGUACAACAGCUUGCUCUCCACCUCUCUCCCCGACCGGUCCUACCCAUCCUCACAAAGCGCUGUAAUUUGCGCAUGUACAUUCAAACAGAACAUUCACUGACUCCAAGAUGGCGAUAACACGACUGGCUGGGUUUCUGGUCCUCUUCUCUACACAUUGCUACAUCACCACCUUGGCGGUGAUACUCAAAACUGCAAACAAGUCGCCGUGGGCCAAUGAGUUUGAAUCUAUUGAAUUGUCCUGUUUGAUAGAGUCCAUCUCCACAAACAACCCCAGAAUCGAGUGGAAGAAAAUAAAAAAUGACGAACCUAGUUAUGUUUACUUCGAGAAACGGAUUUCAGGGGACUUGGAAAGCAGAGCGAAAAUCAGGGAGCCGGCGACUUUAGUGAUAUUCAACACCACGAGAUCUGACACUGCUCAAUAUCGCUGUGAGGUCACCGCUCCGUACGACCAGAAGUCCUUUGACGAGAUUUUAAUAGACCUUGUCGUACGAGUGAAGCCUGUGGUGCCCAGGUGCAGCGUGCCCAAAUCCGUGCCCGUGGGGAAGUCGGCUGAGCUUCGUUGCGUGGAGGACGAGGGUUUCCCCCAGUCCAAGUACCAGUGGUUCCGCGACAAGGAGGAAAUCCCGGAGGACCCGAAGAGCAGCCCCAAGUUCUUGAACUCCACGUACACGCUCAACACCAACAGUGGAACGCUGAAGUUCAGCGCAGUCAGGAAAGAGGAUGUGGGGGAAUACUACUGCAAGGCCAAGAACGAAGCCGGCCAGUCGCAGUGCGGCCCACAGAAGAUGGAAGUCUACGACAUCAACGUCGCCGGGAUCAUCUUGGGGGUGCUGGUGGUGGUGGUGGUCCUGCUGUGUAUAACAGUGGGGAUAUGCUGUGCAUAUAAGCGCGGAUACUUCGUUAGCCAGAAGGAAACAGCAAACAACUACAAAGCUCCAGCAAAAGGAGACGGGGUGGACUACGUCAGGACGGAGGACGAGGGUGACUUCCGACACAAAUCCUCAUUUGUCAUUUGAAGAAGACAAAAACAAAAAAAAAACCAGAAAAGAUCGGAGUGAAUCAAAGUCGAAGGCGUGCUACCUCCGGCUAAACCUCCGAGCUUACGAGACAACUGACGAGCCGCCACAGCACGAGCCUGGAACCCAGGCAUGUCUGCAAUGAAAUCACUUGAGUUUGCCAAAGGUGACAAGUUAUUACAUAUAAUAAUUAGUUAUAAUAGCUACAGUAAAAAUCAUAUGGAACACAAUCUAGGAAUAGAAAAGGCACUUGGUUUCCUUGUCCCUUUAAAUAUUAUUUUCAUGUCCUCACCAAACAAAACUUCAUAUUUUCUAAGUCCUGGAGCUUCAUUUUACAGCAAAAUGCAUGUUUUUAGAUAUAAGGAUCAAACUGACUGAAAACGGAGACGAGCUUUGGACAAAAAAAAGGCUGGCCAAUAUACUGUCAACAGACUGGAUUACAAUUUAAAGACAUGCAUUGCUACUGUAAACAUCUUGAUCCAAACCUAUUGACAUUUCUAUAACUCACCAUUUUUUGUACCAACAAAAUUUGUCAAGCUAUUUUUGAUGGAAUAUAUUUUGAAAUGCCUAUAGAUAAAGGUUUACUUUUUUAAAUAUUUGUAAUAUACUAACAUGAAAGCCAAUUUUGUUCUUUUUAUUGGUUGUGAAAAAAUAGUUAACAUUUUUAACCACACAGUAUUCAAUCAGCAUUGUCACAAAAAUACCAAACUUUUUUUUUUUCCCCAUUACAAAAUUAUUUGCAUCAGCAUAUCAAAGUUCUUUCUCCAAAAUUCUGGUCUUAUUUUCUUUACUGCUGGGAUUAAAAAAUGUUACUAUUAAAAAAGAAAAUUAUGUAGAUAGUCUUAGUGAUGAAUAUUGACGCCAGCAAAAUGCUGGUGGACAUUAUAAAAUAUGUCAGUUCAGUGUGCUCUUGAUUCAAGUGACCUUCUGUUUAUCUUGUAAAUACUGGAUAUACUGUCCAAGUUGGCUUUUUUAGUUUUGAAGCUCAGAAUACUUUUGGCAAUUAGGAAAGCUUUUUUUGUUUUCUAUUAUAACACAGGGUUUUUGUUAGCUAACAAUUGUAUUGUAUUGGUUGUAUAUAGAUAAGAUGUGCAAAUAAAAAAAGCUUUUUUCUCUCAAAAAGGCAAUGUACAAUGAAGACUACGUAAAUUGAUGAGAGGGCCAGCAUUAUACGAGGCAAAAUGAAACUCUUUACAUAGUAUUACGUGAAAAUGAAUUCCACACUUGCACUUGGUAGAGAGAGGAUAUGCCUUAGUUGGUGCACUGUGUUGUGUACACGGAUAUCCAUUACUUGUGAACAUUAUUAUUAUUUUUGGCAAAGCUGAUCCACUCAACACAACAAAAAAAAAAAUAUAUAUAUAUAUAUGAGGUGUAGCAACAUUUAGGAAAUUGUUUUUAUUUCCGAUACUUAUGGAUAAAAUCUCAGUGUUAGGAGAUGACAGAACAACUGGCAGAUUUUUGUUCUGUUCAGGUGCAGGGAAGAAAUUUAAAACAGUAUUUAAAAAAUAAUAAUAAUUGUGUACAUUUUAAAAUUAUGGUUCACUUUUUGGAUGUCUUUUUGAAUAUCAGUUUUAGUUUUUGUGUGAUAUUUUAAGAUGCUUGCAAGUUUCUGAUAAUCUAGCAGUUUUACAAUGAUUGGUGUAAAGGGACAAAUUUAUGAAGGAGGAAAAUACACAGGUAACUCCAAAACAGCUUUUUACAGUGACCCUAUCCUUCCAGAGGCCAUACAUAUGAACACAAACAAAAUAAAAAUCUGUUUUAAUUUCAUGCUGGUAUCAACAUGUCCCCACUGCCUGCUCUCAGACAACUGGGCUGGACCAAGGAUUUCAAGCUGUUGAUACAGGACUCCAUGCCCUGAGAAAAUGUGGCAAUUUUCUAAUACAUCCUUCGCCGGACACAAAAUAUGUUGGGGCCAAUCAAAAACACAAACCAACAUUGAAAUACCAAAUAACUCCAGAAAGUGAACUAGACCUUCAUUGUAGAAAGCAGAAAGCAUAUAAUGUUCUGCAACAGAUGACAAAUUAGGAAAGCAAAGCACAUUACUUCAGAAAAAUGAUAAACGUGAUUUUUCUUCCCUGAUGUCAGCCAAAUGUAGAUCAUUCCUCUCAAGUGCCUUUUUUGCCUUAAGUGGAGGAAAAAACAAAAAUCUCAGAGGAAAACGAUGAUUGGAUAUAUAGCUCUGCCCCAAUAUCGUUAUUUCUUUGUUUUUGGAGGUUGUUGAUGUCAAGUUUCUUGACUUUGUCUUCAACAGUCAAGCAUCAUGCCAAAUGUGUGCAUUUUCAUUCUAUAUUUAAUCAAGCAGUAAAUAUUUCUGGAAAAUGCAUCAUCUUGGACAGUGUUCGAAAACAGUCUAGGCUUCGGAUUUCACUAGGGAAAGGAGGUCCGGUGUUUGAGAGGAAUGAUUUUUUUUCAGCAGACUAUUCAUAUUUAUACUAAACUCAGUGUAAAUCUAACUUUCCUUUUGAAUUGCUUAGUCAGGCACUGGCUUCAUCAAUUCAAAUCCUCGGUCAAGCAAACAGAAAAAGAUGAAUACAUUUUUCUUAUUUAUAUAUAUAUAUAUAUAUAUAUAAUAUAUAUAUAUAUAUGUAGCCAUAAAAAAAAAAAAGUGUAAAUAGAUUAUAUUUUUCUUCGCAAAUUAGACUUGUUCAUUUGAAGUAGAGGUAGAUAAUUUUAUUAUGCAUUAGUGCCUAAAUCUAGUGUAAAAUAUUUUGGUAAAGACACAUAGCACUAGUAUCCACAGAAACACAUAUAGUCAUUCAAACUUUCAAGAUGCACAAUUCAGCAUUUGGCAUAUGCAGUGAACGUGAUAAAGCAUGCACCGUGUGCCAAACUAGUUUCACAAAUACAGCCAGCUUAAUUAUGAAGAAUCCUUACAUUUUAAGCAGACUUUUUGGAGUGGGGUUUUCAUAAAUGCUUGGAUGAGUUUUCAUUUGGAGUUUUCCCUCUACAACACAGAUUUGCAACACUGAGGAACUGUGAGAAAUUGAGAUUCACAACCCGUUUUUUCUUGAGGGUUCAUAACAUAAAAAUACAGACUUGUCAUAAGAAUCCAUGUAAUGACCCUCGGACAGGGCGCCCUGGUGAAAAUCCUGUGUGAAUCCUUGAGCUGUAUGUUUGUGAUGAAUAAAACUCACUUCUAA